UCCAAGCUAUGUGGACUAAUCUCAUCCUUUGCGCAUUGCUUUGCGGACUGUUUCUGCCAACCCAUGUAGAUACUCGUAAAAGAAGUCCAACGGGUGCAGAUAUCAAUAUAAAACGCGUAACGAAGAUUGGAUCUUUCGAAAUUAAGCAGGAAAGAUGUCUGUUCACACCUAGUUACGGAACGUGCAGAAAGGCCAUCAAGGUUUUUGGCUAUAACCUUAUGAGCAAUCGUUGCCUGGAAUACCUUUAUAGCGGAUGCGGGGGGAAUCCUAAUCGCUUUGCCAGCGAACAAAAAUGUCGGGCCGCUUGUUUAGUGGUUUCCAAGAGGACAACCGUUCCGGCAAUAGACUAUUAUGGCUAAUAACUUCAAAAAGAAUCUUAAUCAUAUCGGUUUUAGGAAAUA